AUGAAAAGGAAAUUUCGCUCUACCUGUCAAAAAGGGGCGGCGCUUGUAAAGCGAGGAAUACCCAUAUAUUCGAUGGUGGCUACAUCUGAUGAUCAUACUGUAGAUGCUUUACAAGGUCCAUAUCCCUAUGUUGAAAUGGCCAGUACUGGGCCUAUUCUGAGAUAUAGAAGUAAACUCAACUUUUUAAUCACCCUAGGGCUGUUUUUUAUUUUAUUAACAACGUUUACGACCAUGUACAAACCGUUUCAAGGGUCGAAUUCUCCCAAAUGUAGACCUGUAAUGAUGGCUCCAUCGUAUGCGCUCAUAAAGGGUUUUGAUAAAGAGUUCCAUAGGUUAGCACAGAAGUAUCACUUGUAUCUCUAUAGGGAACAGGGAAGGGACAAGGGACCAUCGAUAGACAACGAAAUACAUUUAGAUGGUAUACCGGUAUUAUUUAUUCCAGGCAAUGCUGGGAGCUUUAAGCAGAUGAGAUCGCUGGCAGCAUCUGCUGCAAACUUAUAUUAUGGAGAAAGCCGUUCUUCCAUAGUUAAUGACGAUGCUAAGAAUCUGGACUUUUUCGGUGCAGAUUUUAAUGAGGACUAUACUGCUUUUCAUGGUCGAACCAUGUUGGAUCAAGCAGAAUAUUGCAAUGCGGCGAUUGAUUAUAUAUUAGAGCUCUACAAAAGAAGUUCUGCAUAUAAGAAAUCGGGGGAACCACUACCACAAUCAGUCAUCGUCGUGGGUCAUUCUAUGGGCGGGGUUGUCGCUAGAGUAAUGACUACCUUGAAAAAUCACAUUCCAGAAAGUAUUAACACUAUUUUCACGUUAUCGUCCCCACACUCAACAGCUCCGGCAACUUUUGAUGGCGAUAUACUAAAAAUUUAUGAGCAAUUGAAUUCAUUCUGGAGAAAUAAGUUUAAUACAGGUGAUUAUUUUUAUGUAAAUAACAUGUCGGUAGUUUCAAUCACUGGUGGGAUUUUAGAUUCUAUUUUACCUGCUGAUUAUACUUCGAUUUCUAGUAUAAUCCCAGAGCAAAAUGGGUUUACCACAUACUCGACAACUAUCCCUGGUGUAUGGACUCCAGUUGAUCAUCUCGCUAUAGUAUGGUGUGACCAAUUAAGAACUGUUUUAGCAAAAUUACUUAUAGAAAUGGUGGAUUCUAAAUCUGCCUCGAAAACCCAUCCAUUAGCAAAGAGAAUGGAACUAGCCAGAAGAUAUCUGUUAAGUGGACUUGAAGAUUCCUACGAGCAAGGCUUUAAUGCCUGGGGUCCUCUCAUUGCCGAAAAUGUUAAACCUAUUCAGAUUGAUAAUUUUAAAGAAAUCGAAAUGAAUGUUCCUCUUACCAUUAAUAAAUCGAAUCAUGAUGCAAUUUCAGAGUACUCUGUUUUUAAAAUCCAUGAAUCAACUGGCAACAAAACUUUUUCCAUUUUAACUUCUUUUUCCAAUACUGAAGUUUUCUUUUGUAAAACCGUUAAACUGCAAAAUGAUAUAACAUAUCAAAUAGGGAAUCGGAUGUACAACUGUACCUCAAUGUCCGAAUAUAUGAUCAGCGUUCCCAGGUCAUUUAAAGGCUCCUUAUAUCCAACCGAGAGCUCUGUAGGUUCUGGUAAUAAUCCUUUUAAAUUACUACACACAAAUGAUACCAUAUUGUCGUCUUACAAUUUAGUCGUCGUUCAAAAACCACCACUGAAUGAUAUUCGUGAGUCUGAUUUUAUUGUUGCCGAAUUAUCCACUAGAAAGUCAGUUGAAACAUUCAACAAGAAUUUAUUUCAAUUACUAUUUUCCCCUUUGAAGAUUAACCACGUUGCCUCUGACUUUUCUUUCAUAUUUGCUAUUCGAUUUCCUCGUAUGACAAGUUCAUUGGUGUCAUAUGUGAUGAGUAUUGAAUAUGACAAUAAAAACUUAGUAUUUGAACCACUUCUCAGUCAAUCAGUUGCUAAGACGUUUGAAACUAAGUGGCACCUCGACUUACAGCAUCCAGUCGAUAUAUCUUUUUACAGCGAUGCACCAUUUAUUCCUUCUCUUGCUACAUCUGAUAAAUCUUUAAGAAUAACGCUGCUUGUACCACCCUUAACAGAUCUUAAAAUUAGGCUUCGUAUUAAUUGGUUUAUGACGCUAAAGCUUUUGUUCACGAGAUAUAGACUUGCUAUUUUGACUCUACCGACAGUUUUAAUAUCUCUUGUAUUGUGCUGUCAGUUUUUUAUUUACAAUAAGUCUGGUGAUUUUAUGAGUUUCGAUUUGGCAUUGCAUUUUUUGGUCAGAAAAUACUGGGGCUAUCUGAUGACUGUUAGCAUAUUUUUAACACCUUUAAUGAACGUUUCUAUGGUUCAAAAACUAUUAUUGCUGCUUGAUCCCAUAAGGUAUUCCCACCAACUGCAGUUGUCUAAUAAGCAAAUUAUUUCAAGCAUUUACUACCUAGGUGUCAAUGAAGUAUUUAUGUGCUGGUUGGGGCCAAUGCUAUUAACCAUGUCACUAACUCUUGUGUAUCUAUUGUACGCCUUGAUAGCAGUAGUGGACUUUGUUCUGAAUAAAGGAUACAAUAAAAUUAUUCAGAGAAGUUUAAGAGAUGGAGUAAAAAAGUUUCUGAUGGUAGAUGAUGAAAUAAAUAAGAAAUUCGAAAUACGGCAUUAUAUUGGUUUCAUCAUAGUCACGUUCUCCGUUCUGUUUUAUAUUCCUUACCAGGUUGCGUAUGUUCUUUUAACUCUGCUACAAGUCACCACUUGCAUACGGCUAUCACAAAUAGAUAGAGGACUGAAAAAAUAUGCCAACCUCAAGAAUUAUAACCUAUCUUUAUUACUAUUACUGCUGCUUGUUCUGCCGGUAAAUAUCCCUGUUGUUGUUGUUUUUCUUCACAACUUGGCAGUAGAUUGGGAGACUCCAUUUACGUCUCAUCAUAACUUUCUGGCAAUUCUUCCAUUAAUAUUUCUGAUUGCAGCUAAUACAAGUUUUAGAAUGCCAGCCCGAUAUAAGGCUAACUCUCGAGGACUCAUCACUGUCGGAGGAUUAUUGUACUUGUCAAUAUUUACAUUAAUAUACGGUAUCAGGACGUUGUACUGGGUUCAUCAUCUGGUAAAUGCAUUUGCAGGCUGGUUAUUCUUAAUAAGCCUUGACAAUAUAUCACCGAGUGACCGUUGA